CGGGUCUUCAUAGCAAUUUUAACUAAAACUUGUCAAUGUUGUUAAUAAAGUUUUUCUUUUUUUUUUUUCUUGCGUAACGUAUGACAGCGUGGUUUGCGUAAUGACGUAUCCUCUGUUUUGAAGUUUGGCGCGGACAGCUAUCCGGCAGAAACUUUGAAGGAGAAAGCACGGUUUCUUUCUUCGAACAACUAUGUAAGCUUGGGUUUUUAUAAAAAUGUACCUUUCAUGGAAUUAUCCUAUAUUUCCAUCAGUAUUAGGAAAUACUUAAAAAGCUUGUAACGGCGUCGUGUACAUCCGUUCUUCAGCUAGGAAGCUAGCUGUCAAAGCUUAGUGCUUCACAAAUAUGCUGAAUGGUACCCAGUUUGUUGAGGCCCUUGGUCGUCUUGGCUACCCUAAAACACCAUCACUAAAGGCUUCAGAGUUCGACUGGCUGUUUGACUGCGCACCGGAGAACCUCCACCUCCUGCGCUUUGUGUGUCGGACCCUCAACCGGAGCAACGUUCUCUCCACAGAGGAGGCUGCUGCCUUUCAAGAGCUACAGAAGUCAGGGAAACCUAUUUUAGAUGAAGCUGCUUUAGGAGAAGUUCUGAAGAUUGCUGACCCUUCCGAUCGGAGCAGUGCACACAUCAUUGGUGGUCCUCUUUCUUCUGCAUUUUCACUGUUUACCCAGGAAAAGGAAUCAGCUGUUGAGGACUUGGAAGCAGAGCUUCGUGAGCUGUGCAGGGAGAAAGAGUUGAAACAACGUCGUUACAACAAGUUGCAAGUUUCAGCCACAUCCCAAGCAGAUGUUGAGCUUAAACUCACCAGAGAGCUGGAUCGUGUAACCUGUAAGCUGAAGGAAGCCAGUGCUUCUAUUGGAGCGGAGAACGCAGACACCAACACUUUGUUACAAAAGCUAACAGAUGAGGUGAGCAAGCUUGCGUCGUAUCUCCCACCACCCUCAAUGAAACGUAAAGGAGACCCCCUUGCUCAAUUGAACCUCUCAAGCUCAAGGAGACCCACCUCUCUGCUCUCUCAGCUAUUGUUGGAUCCAUAUCUGCAUCAGGAAGAACGUAAUACCAAAAAUCUAGCAGCCCUCACUCAGAAACACUUUUUCCCGGGUAUUUCAAACAUCGUUGAGACCUCUUGCUCCGAGCACUUUCAAGUUCUUGAUCUUAGCUCCUGUGAAGACGUUAUGGAGGCCAGCCGAGAUCAUCGGGUGGUUGAAAACAGGAGAACAGAGAUGGCGAGGCUUCAGUGGUCACACAUUGUGGCUCAGCAUCAGCUGAUGCUGGCAGUCGCUGAGGAGAAGAGUGUUUUAGCCGGGCUGGAUUGGCUCUCAGAAAAGAACUGCCAUACUAAGAGCUUUUCCAGCUCCUCUUCACUGCAUGUACGAGAAGUGAUGUCCAGGCAAGAGCUGCAAGCGGUGGAGGCUGAGCUGGAAGCUCUGCUUCAUGGAGCGGUACCUGCUGCUCUCAGGGAGUCGGCCAGACUGCUGAACGUCCCGGUGGUGAGAGGAGACCUGGCUCUGCAGGUAGCCAGACAAGACUACUACACCUCCAGACAGAACCAGGUGCGUGACUACUUACUCCGCCAGAAAGCCUGCUUUGACGUGCUGCUUUUGGCUCAGGAGAUGGAACUGAGGAGGUGGAAGACAUGUCAGAACCAGUUGAGGGAAGUUGAAGGCCGACUGACGAAGGAAAGCAGAGCGGCAGCUUUGAGAAUGGAGAUUCUGACUCAUCCCGACUUGGGCGUCAAUCCAAAGCCCAACCCUAUAAUCAGCUGCGGCGAUGCUUCAUUCAGCAGACUGCUCCAGAUUCUUAACCAUGAUUCAGGCACCAGUAAACUGGAGCCAUUCCAGACAUACGAAGCUCUAGACCGUGCUGCCCGUGAUCUGACGCACAACCUGCAGCUCGCUCGAGGGUCAGUGGCCAGCGCCUGCCAUGAGCAGAACUACUCUGCAGCUCGUCUUUAUAGCAACUGCGAGACACUUCACAGGGCCGCGUACACAGCGCUUCAGCAGCUGACCUUAAGCCCGCAGGUACGUCCUACGGCCAAAACUGACCAGGAGCUCCUUUGUCCAAACGCACAGGAGCUGUCGGUGAAACUUGUGGAAGCAGAGUCUCAGCUGCAGGAUCUGCAGCGAGUGCUGCAAGAAAUUCUGGGUGACCUGAAAGGGAAGCGUUUGCUGCUGGAGCGUAGCGCCCCUCUGAGGCAGGAGAGGGAGCUGUACAUCUAUUUUCAUUUGGAUGCCCGCUUGCUGCAGAAAAUAGUGGAAGAUCUGGAGGUCAAAGUCGGGAGAAACAGGACCGUGACCAAGCCGGAAUCUUUAUUGAAUAUAUGAAGACUACUAUAACCCUUCUUUAUCAAUGAGUUUGGUUCAUUUCUUUUACGUUAAAUUUGGAAAGUAACUGUAAUAAAGUUUAAUACACCUCACUUUGUUUUUGUAAAAAACUAAAAAUAAAAUGAUUUUCAGUUGAAUCCAA